AUGGGGAGCGUUUGGAGGACAGCCGCUCCGCUCUUCCUCCUCGCCACCGUCUUCUUCCCCCCGGGUGGCGGAGCCCCAGCGGCGAUGUCGUCGGGGGUGGCACCACCAUUUGAGGUGGCACCACCAGCAGUGGUGGCACCAGUGGAGGUCACACCACCAGUGGAGGUGGCACCACCAGGCGAGGUGGCACCACCAGGGGAGGUGGCACCACCAGGCGAGGUGGCACCACCAGGGGAGGUCACACCACCAGUGGAGGUGGCACCACCAGGCGAGGUGGCACCACCAGGGGAGGUGGCACCACCAGGCGAGGUGGCACCACCAGGGGAGGUCACACCACCAGUGGAGGUGGCACCACCAGGCGAGGUGGCACCACCAGCAGUGGUGGCACCAGUAGAGGUCACACCACCAGCGGAGGUGGCACCAGAGGAGGUAGCACCAGCGAAGGCACCAGUGGAAUUGGCGCUGGCAGAGGUGGCAUCAGCGGAGGAAGUGAUGCCAAAGGAGGUGGUACCAGCGGUGACUAUUACAGCGACAACCACAACAUCAACCAAAGCACCAACCAAGUCACAAACCACGGACCCCCGCUCACACAGCCAGGAGAACCCUCACGCCAAUCAGAAGAUGCUGUUCGUUGGCAUUGGCAUCGUGGUCGGCGCCAUCGUCAUCAUCUUCUUCAUCUGCGUCGUCGAGCUGUGCACCCAGAACAAGCGAGGCGAGGGAGGCUCCCGGCGCGGGUCUACUACGCAAGGCUACAGCCAGCUGCCCACCGAGCCCAGCGGGGAGCGCGGCAAGGCGGCGGCCUCCUCCCAGACCUGGAAGCCGCUGUGGCUCAAGGAGCUGAAGCCGCCCGCGUCCGCGAAGCCGGGAAACCCCCCGUCGUCGGACGAAGAGGACGAGCUGUUUAGCCGGACGACGGCAAAGUAGGCCACGGGAGGAAGCCAGAGGGGACCCGGAGGCAAACUGUGCAGCCCCGUGGGACAACACACGGCCGUCAGCACUGCGUGUUUUGAUCUCCCCGCCUGUUCAUCCGUCGUUCUGUAUGGCUUUUGUUUGGAUCUCUGUCUGAGCUGUCUAUCUCUACGUGCGUCUAUCUGUUGUCUGCCCGUGCCUUCAGUGAUCUCCAUCUGUCCAUCUGUUUUUUUUUUCCCGUGCGGCUGUCUGUCAGUAUUCCUGUCGAUGUGUCCCUGUCGCUAUGGAGACACUGCAUCCUGUUACAUCUUCAAAAACAUCUUCAUGUUUUUAUACCCAACACAACAAAGUCUGCUGUAUGUCGCCACCACGUCGCAAAGAGUCCAGAGUUUAUUCCAAUUUUGGACAACGUCGUAAUCAUCGUGGGUAGUGGAAAACAACGCGAAAAACGAAACACUGAAGUGAUUAAAGUCGAAUGAUGUAAAUCUGUUUCUGGAAUGUUGCCACUGCGAGUGUUUGUGACCGGCACGGGAUGCGUCGUGCGCCGAUGAAGCUGAGCGGGUGAACCUGGCGCCACAAUCCGAUGAACCUGGCGCCACGAUCCGGUGAACCUGGCGCCACGAUCCGGUGAACCUGGCGCCACAAUACGGUGAACCUGGCGCCACGAUCCGGUGAACCUGGCGCCACGAUCCGAUGAACCUGGCGCCACGAUCCGGUGAACCUGGUGCCACGAUCCAGUGAACCUGGCGCCACGAUCCGGUCAACCUGGCGCCACGAUCCGGUGAACCUGGCACCACGAUCCGGUGAACCUGGCGCCAGGAUCCGGUGAACCUGGCACCACGAUCCGGUGAACCUGGCGCCACGAUCCGGUGAACCUGGCGCCACGAUCCGGUGAACCUGGC